AUGUCACCCUCUAAUGAUCUGUUCUUAUCUGGAAGUAUAAAUGAAGGUGUAAAAUUCUGGGAUUUAAGACAGCCUAAUGAAAUUGGUUGUCUUCACGUUCAAGCAGGAAGGCCUUGCGUGGCGUUCGACCCUUCUGGACGCGUAUUUGCGAUUGGUCUUCAAAAUCUUGAUAACUCUAUACGGUUGUACGAUGUGCGGCAAUAUGAUAAGGCCCCUUUCAGUACAUUUAACAUUUUUGAUAGUUAUAUGGCCCCAAGCAUUUAUCCAAACCCCCCUUUAUUUCCAGAAUGGACAGGACUUAAAUUUAGUAAUGAUGAUGAUAAAAUAUUAGUAACUACGGCAGGAGACGUUCAUUAUAUAGUUCAUGCUCAUACAGGUGAAUUAAAGGCUCGAUUGGUUGGACAUGUUGGGCUCAAUAAUAGUUCAUCUUUUUUGGGUGGUGAGGAAACAAGCUUCACACCUGAUGGUCGUUACAUAAUAGCAGGAUCUCAAGAUGGUCAGAUAAACUUUUGGGAUACAGGAACGUCCUUAAGCACAUCUGCCAUUAUAUCGGAUGGGAUUGAUUUAAGGCCUAUUCAUACGUUAGAGCAUCAUGUUAGGCCAACCCAGGUUGUAAGAUUUAAUCCAGCAAGGCUUAUGAUGGUCAGCGCAUGUACUGAUUUGGCAUUUUGGUUACCAUCAAUUGACUCAGAAGAAUCGGAUAAUGUAUCAAACAAUGAAGCGGCUGCUGAUUCGUCUCUUGAUGUC